AUGGUGCCUGCUAAAAGGAACGGCAAGAACAGAGAAGCUGGAACUCUGGAGUUAAAACCAAUCCAGAGCAUAAGAAAGCCAAUGGUACCAACCAUAAAGAGAAAAUGGCCAGAAUUUGCAAGCAAAGUUAUUUUCAUUCAACAAGACAAUGCAAGGCCUCACAUCAAGGAUGAUGAUCCAGAUUUUAGGCAAGUUGCAAGUUCUGAUGGCUUUGACAUUAGGAUUGUUCAUCAACCCCCCAACAGUCCAGACACAAAUAUCAACGAUUUGGGAUGGUUUAGAGCAAUUCAGAGCUUGCAAACAGAAAGUGUGUGCAACAAUGUGGAGGAUCUAGUGGCUGCAGUUGAGAAGUCAUUUGAAGACCUCUCACCUACUACUCUAAACAAUGUGUUUUUGAGUCUUCAAGGAUGCAUGGUGGAGAUUUUAAAGGUGAAGGGUCAUAAUGCAUAUAAAGUACCACAUAUGAAGAAGGGCACACUCAUUAGGCAAAAUCAACUUCCAAUUAAUUUGGAAGUGCCUAAUGAGUUAGUGAAGGAAUGCUUGCAAUAUCUUAUUGACAAUAGAUGUGAGGAGGGCAUGGACCAUCUAAUGAAUGAUCUAGGCAUAGGAUCCAUAUCAUUAGAUGGAAUUGAAUACCUAAUGACUAACUUAGGUAUUCAAGAGCCAUGA